UUCCAGGAAAUAGGUCGGUACACGGGUAUAAAUACCCAGCAGUUUACCCGAAUGGAGGAAUCAAAGACAUCUGGACACUGGAAACAGUCAAGUUACUACAGAAAUUUUCACCAAGACAAGAGUACAGCCAUCAAUACAUCAUGUCUGAGUACGAUACGGAUAUUGCUGCUGUUGUCAUUGACAACGGAUCUGGGAUGUGUAAAGCCGGCUUUGCUGGGGAUGACGCCCCACGUGCAGUGUUUCCAGCUCUCAUUGGCAGACCCAAGUACGACGUCUACAUGGCCGGGAUGGGAAGCAAGGACUGCUAUGUAGGCGACGAGGCACAAAGUAAGAGAGGAAUCCUCAGUCUGAAAUAUCCUGUAGAGAACGGCAUCGUCAACAACUGGGACGACAUGGAACGUGUGUGGCACCACACCUACUACAACGAACUGAGAGUGGCACCCGAGGAGCACCCAAUACUUUUGACGGAGGCACCACUCAACCCCAAGUCAAACAGAGAGAAGAUGGUGCAGAUCAUGUUUGAGACAUUCAACACUCCCGCCUUCUAUGUGAGUAUCCAGGCGGUGUUGUCGCUGUACGCCUCGGGGAGAACCACUGGCGUCGUCCUGGACUCGGGAGAUGGUGUCUCGCACGUCGUGCCCAUAUAUGAAGGAUACGCCCUGCCCCACGCUGUCCGGAGAAUGGACCUGGCUGGCCGUCACCUGACCUCCUACCUCAGCAGGAUUCUACACGAGAGAGGAUACAACUUUACUACAUCAUCUGAGAAGGAGAUAGUUCGAGACAUCAAGGAAAAACUCUGCUAUACUGCCCUGGACUUCGAGGCAGAGAUGGUGGCAGCUUCACAGUCCAGCGCCAUUGAGAAGGAAUACGAGCUGCCGGACGGGUCUGUGAUAACUAUCGGCAAUGAGAGGUUCCGAGCUCCGGAGUGUAUGUUCCAGCCAAGUUUCAUGGGUAUGGAGAAUGCUGGCGUCCACGAGAUGCUGAACAACUCAGUAAUGAACUGUGACAUUGACAUCAGGAAGGAUCUGUACAGCAACGUGGUUCUGUCAGGAGGAUCAACAAUGUAUCCAGGUCUGGCAGACCGAAUGGUAAAGGAACUGAGCGCCGUCGUGCCGUCUACAAUCAAGGUCAAGGUUAUUUCUCCACCAGAGCGGAAGUACUCGGUGUGGAUCGGCGGCUCCAUCUUGGCCUCGCUUUCAACCUUCCAACAGAUGUGGAUCUCCAAGCAGGAGUAUGGUGAAUGUGGACCUAGUAUUGUUCACAGGAAGUGUUUCUGAGCGAUACUUGGGGUCAUAAAGUAUUUCAGGGGCAAGAAGCAAGUUAUAAGUCUUUCAUUGGAAAUUAGGUGUUCUUCACAGCUUCUGCAAUUGCAACCGUAACGACAAUGUAUUCACGUUGCAAAUGAAAUCUUAUCCACCCAGCGAGAUAACAGAAUAUCACAAACACAUGUAGUGUAUGUUGAUUUAGGUUCUUGGAGUGUAAUGAAUAAUGUGUUGUUCUGUUAGUAGAGAACACCAUGCAAUAUCAUGAGAACGUGUUAAUAAAAGGACACUGUUGUUAUUAAACAGUUUGUAUAUGUUCAUGAACCUGAUCCAUCUGUAUAUAACACACAGUGAUCAAUCAAUAUGGUCAUCUGUACAACUUAUCAUAUAUAUAUAUAUAUAUAUAUAUAUAUAUAUAUAUAUAUA